AUGAUCGGUGGGUCUUCAUACCAAAGGGAAGACUGGAAGAAGGCAAGGAAGAAGAACUUUAGGAAUUGGGUCCCUCGUUGGGAUAUACAUUCGAUAAUCAAAAGAGUGGGCGAGUACUAUCCAAAAGGUGUGACUUCGAUUUAUUUCUCAGAAUUUCCAGAUGAUAGUAAGGCAGCAGAUUUCUUCGAUCUUUUUGGUUGUGUUGGGAAAGUGAUUGAGGUUGCGAUUUCGCCAAGGAGAAACAACGUAAGCAAGAGAUUUGGGUUUGCUAGGUUUGUGGAGGUAGAGGAUGCUAGGCUUUUGGCGGUUCAUUUGGACAAUGUUCAGAUUUUAGGGAGGAAAAUACACGUUAAUUUACCCAGGUUCGAGAGGAAGAGGAAGACAGAGUUAUUUCGCACUGGUGGAGUGGAAAACCAUGGUGCAGUAGCGAAUCGGAAGGAGUUUUAUCGCAGUAAUAAGGUAGAUUUUGGUUUCAGAGAGGAAAUAGAUCAUAUGCUGAAGUGA